AUGGCACCUCACUCAGAUCAUGAACCUGAUGUCUCUACUAUCUCAGAUGAGAGAGAACUGGAUAUCCCAAUCCUGAUUGUUGGGGGUGGUCCCACAGGACUUUUACUUGCUCAUAUGCUCACACAACUUGGUGUCAAAUCACUAAUUAUCGAGCGGUAUCCAACUCGACUCGCAGCACCAAAAGCUCAUGCUUUGUCUCCUAGAACUCUGGAGUUAUGCCGACAAUUUGACCUUGAUGUGAAUGCAAUCCGCAAUAUUGGCACUAAUCGAGACGAUGCUUACUGGGUCAAUUUCGUGACGAGCUUGACGGGUCAGUAUGUUGGCAGCCUUCCUUACGAACGCAUGGAUGCGGAGGUUCUUGAGCAGACUCCAACAAUGAUUCACAACAUCUCACAACCAAGAUUUGAAGAGUUUGUGGCAGCUCGGCUAGCUCAAGAUGGAGUAGUAGAGGUCCGAAAAAACCAUUCUUUCGUCAGUUCUAAGCAGCUUGACGACCGAGUCAUCACAGUUGUUGAAGAUAGAUCCAACAGGACAAUGUACGAGAUCUGCUCUCGACAUGUUGUGGCGUGUGAUGGUGCCAAGAGCAAAGUUAGAGAGACUCUGGGGAUAGGAUGCGAGGGAGAGUCAUCGUACGAGACCAUGAUGACAAUUCAUUUCAAUGCGCAGCUUCGAGAAGUUGUAGGCAAUCAAGUUGGAAUGUUGCAUUGGAUCAUGGACCCUGAAGUCUCUGGGUUUAUCAUCGGUUAUGAUCUGGAUGGUAACCAAGUUCUCAUCUGCAAUUUCGAUUCCGAAAAGCAUCCAGUCGAAAGCUGGAACGAAGCGCACUGCCGCAAGGUUCUGAAUGCAGCGAUCGGAAAGUCCAUUCCUUUCGAUGUGCUCAGCUGGCGACCUUGGGUCCUCAGUAGGAAGGUUGCCGAAAGCUACUUCAAAGGCAACGUAUUCUUAGCGGGAGAUGCGGCUCAUUCAUUCCCGCCUACAGGCGGUCUCGGUCUGAAUUCAGGGCUUGCAGAUGUACACAACUUGGCCUACAAACUGGCCGCUAUCCACCAAGGCCACGGUGGACCAUCUCUCCACAAAGCAUAUGAGAAUGAACGCCGUCAUGUCGCUCUCGUCAACUCCCAGCAGAGCGUAAAGAAUGGACAGCAAAUCUUUGGACUCCUGAAGAUGCUCGGUACGACAGACAGCGACCUCGCUACUGCAAAGAAGAACCUCUACCGCCGUAUAACAGACCCGGUAACCCGAUCCGAGGUCCUCAAAGGAGUAGAGGGCCAGCGAGAGCAUUUCGAUAACCUUGGCUUGCAUAUCGGCUAUGUCUAUGGCGAUACGGAAAUCCCUGCAUCUGCAUCUCUUUACACAGCUUCCUACCGAGCUGGUGCCCGUCUACCUCACGCCUGGCUAUCCGGCCCUCCUUCAUCGCAUCUCACUUCUCUCCCAGCCAUCUCGAAUUCGUAUGUGAGCGAGUUAUCCCAUGCUACAGUUUCUGAAAAGCAAUAUUCCACGCUAGAUCUCUUGAAUUUCGACGCUUUCACUGUUAUAUUUUCGUCAAUCUUCGCUGCCGAGUGGUCUACCCUCGUCUCUGAGCUUCAACUCCGCUUGGCCAAAUCCAAUGCCAGGACAGUCAAGAUCAACAGUGCCGGUUUGGGAAAGGACUUCAACCUAGUAGCUGGAGCUCGUGCCAACGAGUGGGUUAUGGGGAUGCAAUUAGAACAUGGGGCCGCGGUACUGGUGAGGCCUGAUCAGCACAUUCUGAACUGUUACGGCGCAGGAACGAAGGUUGGUGAGGUGCUGGAUGCGUUACUUGGGCACCUCGGAGUGUAA